UUGCUGCGACGGGUGAUGUGGUGCCGUGUACUAUGAAGGUGGAGUUUGAAUUGGCCGAUGAUGAAUACAGGGUGACUGCGGCCAGGACUCUGCAGCACGUGUUUGAGAUGAACAUAGAUAUCUACAAACCCGAAUACAAAAGCACCAUACUCUUCAAGGGCAUGGGCGAGUACGACGAUGUGGAGAACGAGAUCACUAUCGGAGAAUCGUCCGAGGCUGAAGUUUUGGUCACAUAUUUGGGUGAUAGUGAUGAGGAGAGGACUGUUGUGGCCAAUGUCGAGGUCAAUCAUCGCCAUUGGAUUGUGUCUGGGCACGACCAAAGGCGGCUCGCGCUCAGCAAAAACGAGCGACAGGGUCGGUUCGGCAUUGUAUUGAUUCCGUUGUCGGUGGGACAGAUAUUUGUACCGCGGGUGGCUAUGUACGAAUCUGUUACCGAAGGCAAUAGUUUAGUGCCAUGCCAAGGUGUGUAUGUGUUGUGUUAUGUCGAGGUGUGCAUGUGUUGGAAAUGA